AUGAACUUGCAACCAGAUGCAAACGAGCAAAAUGUGAAUCAUAAUGAAAGUGCUCUCGAUCGACUUCCUGGCUUAUCACUGGACGAUGUUGAUGACGAGCGUUUGGGUGAUUUGGCAUCCCUAGACGGAAGGAAAGUUAAGUGGGCGCUUAUGUUUGCUCAAGACAAGGAAUUCUAUCUAUAUCUUAAGGACAUCGAUGUUGUUCGCGACCCAUCAAAUGAGCUUGCACGAGAGUUGUUUUCUCUUAGGAAAGUUGGUGAGCUCUCAACCUUUGAGUUUUUGGAUCUUCCGCCUGAGGUUCAACUGCACAUACUGAAUAAGCUAUCCAUGCCCGAUUUGAGUGCGUGUCGUCUUGUUUGCCGUUGGAUGAACGAGCUUAUCGUUAAAAAUUGGCAUAGCCUGCCGCCUCGCAGAAUAGGAUGUGUCGACUUUAUCCCGAACUGUACUGAAGUAUGGGGUUUGUAUUUCGAUUACAAUCGAAAACUGGCCAGUUUUGCGAACGUCAUAAUUUCCAGACUUGUUCUCUAUUAUGGCGAAAUAACAUCUUCUCUUAUUCUAUCGCUAGCAGAAGUACUGGUCCAAGCGAAGAUAAUCGUGAAAAGAGUCAUUAUUCAUAACUGUAGCUGCUCAUGUGAAGCUGAGGAUUUGGUCGCUUUCGUGAAAAAAGCACAUGUAGAGGUUCUGGCUAUCGAUGUGUGCGAUAUGGAAAAUUUUGGAAAAUCCAUAUUGCUACAUGAAGCAAUUCAGAAACUCAGAUGCGUAUGCUUUUUUUCUAAUGGUGACGAUGUUAUGAGCGGAAUCAUAAUGGAUCCACUCUACUAUGAUCAGCCGUUGGAUCUUCACGGUCUAUGUAGGCUGCUAGCGGACUGGGGAAACGGAACGAUGGAGAUUUUGCACUUCCAUAUGUAUUCUGAUGCUGAAUGGGCAGCUGAUGCUGAAUCUAUUCUACAGGAACUUGAACAUGUGUGCUCUCGUAGAGUGUGGUUGAAGCAUAAGUGUGAAGGUUGGGAAAGAAGGAAAGAGUCUCUAAAAUCGUUCUCUCUCUUCACAUUCAGUUCGACUUUAGAAAAGAAGCUCAUUGAGAGAACGUUUCAACACACGCAAAAUGAGGAAGCCUCUAUGAGCUCUUCUAUCGUUGAUCCUUUGCUUCAUCGUCAACGAGUUCAGUUCAACACAAGUGCUGGUGAUAAGAUUGAUGUGGAAGCAGUUUUCCAAGACACGCUACCAUCAGGAUCUAAACUUGGUACUGUGCUAGCUAUUCAUGGUGCACCAGGAUCACAUAAGGAUUUCAAAUAUGUGACACCUUUUCUGCAAGAAAAGGGGAUACGAUUUAUUGGUGUUAACAUGCCAGGGUUUGGCUUAACCCCAGGUGAUACUCAAUUGAAAUGCGAUAAUGUUGAACGGAACAACUUCGUGCAUGAGUUGAUAGCUAGAAUAAAAAAUUUGGAUCACCUUAUUAUAAUGGGACACAGCAGAGGUUCAGAGAAUGCAACAUGUGUCGCCGCUAGAAACACGGACAAAAUAUGUGGCAUAGUAUUAGUGAAUCCAACAGGUCUCCAUCGUCACAGGGCGAUGCGACCAUCUUGGGCAGCCACCUUCGUAAUAUGGCUGUAUUCGUUGGGACCAUUUGCUAAGAAGAUCAUGCAUCCAUUUAUGAAGUAUUUUUACAACAACAUCCUGGGCCUUCGAUUAGACACUGGAGAGAGAGCUAUGAUGUGCGUACGUACGAUGUAUAACUUGGAAUAUGAGAAAGCGUUGAAACCAUGUAUAAACACUAUCAACGAGAAGGAGAAUGUAAAAGUAUUUAUUGUCUACUCUGGAAAAGAUCCCCUCAUUGAGCCAAGCAUCUCACAGGAGUUUGCGAACGCGUUUCACGAUCAGAAGACAGUGGCGUGUGAGGAGAAAUCUGACGACACAGAACAAGACGUUAUCCAACAAACGCGAAAUCUCUUCUUUUCCGGAGUUAGAACGGUGUCUGUAUAUUUCAAAAGGGACGGGCACUUUCUUCAAAAAGAUCGCGCACGAUUCAUUGCAGAAGGUAUAGAAGCAAUGCUCCAGAAACGAUAG